AUGGGAGGAAUUGCAAAGAAAGGACAAAUGCUUAUGACCCAGUUCUUUGUCAAUCUUAAGCCAGACGAUGGUAAGACAAAUCUAAGAGGUCAGACAGUGUACGUGCACUCCGUUUCAACAAAUCAUCGGGAUCCUGAGAACAAGGAUGUUAGAUGCAGAGGAUUUGCAUUCAAGUUUCCCGGCCAGGAAACUGUAAUGGUCCCUGUUACUGGAAUAACAGCUGACCAUUCACCCAAAGACACCAAGUAUCAAGAAUUGAAAUAUGUGGCUUUACGUGAAGUUUUGCGCAGAGCUAAACAAAUGAAACUGGUGAAUUUUACCGUAAAAAUGCAAAUCAAAGUCAAUUUGAUCGAUGAGAAGUGCGAGAGAUAUCAGAAACUCAAAAAAGAAUGCGACAAGCUGAUCAAGGAACUCCGAGUGCGAACCAACUUUGUCAAAAUUAGAUUCAAAAGAAAGAUGUCUGCAGAGGAAAGAGAUGUCGAUGAAAAGGCAGGAUUUGCUUCGAGAAUUCAGUACAACACUUAUCAGUUUCCUGAAAAUUGGCGUGAUGAAGAAUUGAUGCAGCAAGUUCGAGAACAACCAUUCUUGGUUGGAUUCGAAGAGACUCCGAAGUUUCUCAAAGAAACCCUUGAUUGGGGGAUCACAAACGACGUUCUUUCUCGAUACUGGUAUCAGUAA